AAGAAGAAUUGUCUAAUACUUUAGCAACUAAUACUUCAGUAUCUAAUACUUCAGCAUCUAAUAAUACUUCAGCAUCUAAUACUUCAGUAUCUAAUACUUUGGUAUCUAAUACUUUAGCUAUUUUAGAAACUGAUGAUAAUAAUGAGUUAUACGAUAAUUUAUCUGAUAUUUUAAAUAUUUAUUAUAGUCAAGAUUAUAAUCAAAUUGAGCUAUAUAAUCGUAAUCUAAAUAAUUCAUUUUUAGAAGAUUUUGAAUCUAGGCUUAAUUUAGAAGGUUCUAUUAUAUCAGAUGAUUAUUAUUUAGAAGAUGUCGAAUCUAGACUUAAUUUAGAAG